AUGGACAAUUGUCAAGACUGGGGAAAUGUCGUCUUACACAGUUCCAUCAACCGCCUGCAGAGAGUAGCAAUGGUGCUACGGUUGGCUGUGGAGCAGUUCCACAUCCUGGAGACGAUGCCGUCUCUAAACUUUGCGGACUUCAGAGACAAGAUGAUCGGGCGUUCGGGGUUCCAGAGUCUCCAGUUUCGAAAGAUCGAGAAGCUUCUUGGAAUCAAGGACGAGAAGCGUCAUAAAUAUGGAGGACAGCGUUACGUGGACAAGAUGAAGACAGAGGAUAAGGAUGUUCUCCAGAAGUACCCAGACCAAGUUGAUGGGGGUACACUCCUGGAUGUUCUUCAAGUGUGGCUUGAAUCUACCCCUGGAAUAGACGACAGGCAGUUCUGGGACAAGUAUGAUAAAAACGAGGUGAACUGGGGUCCCUGGCAAAUGAGUCAACGGUCGCUGCAAGGAGCUCUUCUCAUCAUGCUGCACCAGGACAAACCUGAGUUCCAGCUGCCGUACCAGCUCCUCACACUGCUGAUGGACAUAGAUGUCGCCCUCAUGAAGUGGCGGAGUACCCACAUCCAGAUGGUACACAGGAUGAUAGGCCAGAAGCAGGGCACUGGGGGCACUUCCGGCUACGAAUACUUACGAGCUACCUACAGUGACGAUUACAAGGCUUUUGGUGACAUCUUCAAGAUGGCAACAUACUUACGGCCUCGAGUGGAAAUUCCCGAACUUGACACCCAACAUGACUGAACCUGGCAUCUGAUGGCCAGCCUCUAAGACGUCUUCCCUGACAUGCAUAAAUGCACAUAUACCCAUGUAUACGUACCCAAAUAUUUACAGCUUGGAUUCAAUUAUAUUCUUGAGCAAAACGUGCUAAAACAUGUUUGGAUGUAAACAAUAUGCUUAACAUUACAUUGGAAAUUUUAAAAAUUAUAUCAACACACUAUCAACUGCAAUCUUUCUAUGA